CGGAGUGCUCGGACAGCAAGAGAUACAAAGGUGAAAAGCAGCGGACGUUUUCUGCUACGAAGCUUUGACAGCCGGUUCACUUUACAGCAGUUACGGUCUGUGUGUGCGCCGCCGAAUGACCAGCGAGAGCGUUAUUUUUCCUGUCGAAAAGGUGGAAAUUGAUAAAGGGUUCCUGUACCGCUUUCAGGCUGUGUCAUCUGCACUUCACUGGUGUUGACGAGAUACCGGGAUCAACAUUGCCGAGUUCCAGAUAGUCCCCUGUCACCUGAUUCCUAAGCAGACUGCUUGUAAGAAUCUUCAACAAUAAAAGUUGGCCAUCAACUCAUUUCUCUUCAUCAAGACUCACUACUGUAGAGCACUAAAUGUCCCUUAGCCUCUUGAAUCACUUCACUCAGUGGCCGUUAUGUUGACCCGAAUCUAAUCUCAUUAGCACCCCAUCCUUACCUUUCCCUCCCAUCUCCCCUCCCAACACCAUUUCCCGACUCCGUCAUGACCAGUCUGAAGCGCUCUCAAACAGAGCGCUCAGUUGGGGGCUCGGUGUCGGCUACCGAUGAGUUCUACACUCGUCGUCUGCGACUGCCUAAUGGAGGGGCACCACCGCCUCGCAGUGAGAGCGCCCACAUCUCCUCUUCUUCAACCACGGGCACCAACCCUGGUGUCCCAAAGAUGGGGGUUCGGGCUCGUGUAGCUGACUGGCCGCCAAGAAAAGAUGGGGGAGGAGGGGGUGUUUGGCACAUCACCGUGGAAACAGACUCACCCAGCUCUACCAACACCACUAGCUCUUCAGGGUCAGGAAGUGGAGAUAGAGAAAGACUUGAAAGAGGGGGAGGAGGUGGUGGUGGAGGAGGUGGUAGUGGUGGUAGUGGUGGCAGUGGAGGAGGGGGGGUGUCAGCCGUCACAGCCCAUAGCAAUCUCUCAGCCAAGCUGGGUCACCUGAUAAGCCCACAGGACUCAUCCAUGCUGCGCAACAUCCAUAACACACUAAAGAGCAAGAUGCAAAGCAAGGGGAAGGACAAUCGCUUCCUGUCACCGGAUGGCUAUCUGGGUUCCCCUCGCAAGGGCAUGAGACGCAUCCGCCAACGCAGUAACAGUGAUAUAACUAUCAGUGAGCUCGACGGGGAUGGGAACGAGGGCUGGUCGUUCUCCGGGUGGACACCCAUGCACCGGGAAUAUGGCAGCACUUCAUCUAUAGACAAGCAUGGUGUGUCAGGAGAGAGCUUCUUUGAUAUGCUAAAGGGAUACCAGUCCGCUGAGGCCCCGGAUCAGCGAAGCCCAGCUCCAGAAAGGCUAACAGAACUCCUUACUGUUGCUCCCAUUAAACAGGCUGCUCUGGAUCUGCCAGAUGGACCUUUAGGUCCAGCCAGAGGUAGUCCUGCCAGUCGGCUGAAGGAACGAGAGAAGCAUUUGAAGAGAAGGUCAAAAUCAGAAACGGGUGGAGAGUCUAUCUUCCGUAAGCUGCGCAGUGUAAAGGUGGAGGGUGACACAUCAAGGGCUGGCUCAGAUGCUGAAGAUGGUGGGAAAGGGGAUGAGAGUGGACCACCUCCCAAACCCUGGGCGUGCCAAAAGGGAUUUGCCCAUUUUGAUGUUCAGUCUCUACUCUUUGACCUCAAUGAGGCGAUUCAAAGUCGGCAAUCUGGAGCCAAACGCAAAAACACCACUACUGGUGCCUCUGCUGCUGCUGCCGCCUCUGCUUCGGCCUCGUCCUCCCUUUCGUCUAAUCAGAGUGGAGUGUAUGGGUCACCUUGUGGCUCCCAAGAAGAGCUAAGCAAGGAGGGGACAGGAGGCGGUACCAACCCUGCCUUGGACCCUGGCGAUGAUAAGAGCAAUGAUUUGGUUCUCAGCUGCCCUUGUUUCAGGAAUGAGAUUGGUGGAGAGGGUGAAAGGAACAUUUCUCCUGUUAAACAGCAGGGAAGCAUAGGAAGCGGUGGGAGCUCAAGCAAUUCCUCUGGCAGUACAGAAGAAGGCCCUUUGGAUGCCACCCUCACUACCCAUUUUACCAAUGCAGGUGUGGCUGUGUUGGAGGCUUCCAAGGACGGGCCUAGUCAACAUGCCGACAGGUCCAAACGAUACAUUGUGGAACAUGUUGACCUUGGCGCCUAUUACUACCGAAAGUACUUUUAUCUCAGAGAGCACUGGAAUUACCUGGGGGUAGACGAGAAUCUGGGCCCUGUGGCGGUGAGUCUGAGAAGGGAGAAGCUGGAGGAACACAAAGACCAUGGACAGCAGUACAACUACAGGGUCAUUUUCAGAACGAGUGAGCUAAAUACUCUGCGGGGUUCCAUCCUGGAAGAUGCUGUACCUUCGACGUCCAAGCAUGGUCUAGGUCGAGGCUUGCCCCUCAAAGAAGUGCUGGAGUACCUCGUGCCUGAGCUCAAUGUUCACUGCUUACGCCUGGCACUCAACACACCUAAGGUCACUGAGCAGCUGAUGAAGCUGGACGAGCAGGGGCUGAGUUUUCAGCGAAAGGUGGGGGUGAUGUACUGCAUGGCGGGUCAGAGCAGCGAGGAGGAGAUGUACAACAACGAAGCGGCUGGGCCUGCACUAGAGGAGUUCCUCCAUCUGCUGGGCGAGAGGGUUCGUCUUAAAGGCUUCACCAAGUAUCGAGCUCAGCUGGACACAAAGACUGACUCGACUGGCACCCACUCGUUGUAUACUACUUACAAGGAUUAUGAGAUCAUGUUCCAUGUGUCCACCAUGCUGCCCUACACACCCAACAAUAAGCAACAGUUGCUGCGGAAGCGACAUAUCGGGAAUGAUAUCGUCACGAUUGUGUUCCAGGAACCCGGGGCGCUCCCCUUCACUCCUAAAAACAUCCGCUCACACUUUCAGCACGUCUUUGUGAUUGUGCGAGCACAUAACCCUUGCUCCGAAAACACCUCCUACAGUGUGGCCGUCACCCGCUCCAAAGAUGUACCCUCUUUCGGCCCCCCUAUCCCAGAGGGUGUGACGUUCCCCAAGUCAUCGGUGUUCCGGGACUUCCUGCUCGCCAAGGUCAUCAAUGCGGAAAAUGCUGCCCACAAAUCACACAAGUUCCGAGCCAUGGCCACCCGAACGCGGCAGGAGUAUCUGCGCGACCUGGCUGAGCGGCACACCACCAACACCCCGAUUGACCCCUCUGGAAAGUUCCCUUUCAUCUCGCUUGCCCACAAAAAGAAAGAGAAGAGCCGGCCAUAUGAAGGGGCAGAGCUGCGCAGUCUUGGGGCGGUGACCUGGCCGGUCCAUGCUGAGGAUCAUGGGAGUGGAGGAGAAAUGGAGGCCCUGCUGGCCAUUUCCAAUGACUUUUUAAUCCUGUUGGACCAGGAGGCCAAGGCUGUGGUGUUUAACUGUGCCACUAAGGAUGUGAUUGGCUGGACGCUUAGCAGCCCCGCAUCUUUGAAGAUUUUCUACGAGCGGGGUGAAAGCGUGUCUCUGAGGAGUAUUAGUAAUAAUACAGAAGACUUCAAAGAGGUGGUCAAACGUCUAGAGUUCCUGACUAAAGGCUGUGAGACAUCAGAGAUGACGCUUCGUCGAAAUGGCCUGGGGCAGCUUGGCUUCCACGUGAACUACGAAGGCAUCGUAGCUGAGGUGGAGCCAUACGGCUACGCUUGGCAGGCAGGACUGCGGCAGGGAAGUCGUUUGGUGGAAAUCUGCAAGGUUGCUGUUGCAACUCUGACCCACGAGCAGAUGAUUGACCUCCUGCGGACUUCGGUGACAGUGCGCGUUGUUAUCAUCCCGCCACAUGAUGACGCCACUCCACGCAGGGGCUGUUCAGAGCUCUAUCGGGUGCCUGUGUCAGAGUACAAGGGCAGCAGCAGCGACAGCGGUUCCUUUGAGUACAAGUUCCCCUUCCGCAGCAAUAAUAACAAGUGGCAGAGGACAUCAAGCAGCCCUCAGCAAUCGCUGACUGCCUCGCCACAGCCCCACACACCCAACCGAGCCAUCAGCCUCGGUAGCUCAGUGGGAAAGACGCUGUCAGCCGAGAGGCUGGAGAGGGGCGGUGUCAUCCCGCGGAGCGUUAGCAGCGAUGGACGACCUCUAGACACCAAGAGGAUGUCUCCAGGCAGUGAGAGCUAUAGCCUGGCCUCAUCUUUGGCGCUAGGCCGUUCCCCUCAUAACCGCAGCUCUCCCAGCAACCUGUCCUGUUCCAGCGACGCCUCUGGGAGCUCUGCUCACUGGAGACAGAAGUCCAUGCCCGAGCAAUUUGCAAGCAAUCGCCACUCUCCGAUGUCUGGGGAGAGACGAGAGGUGGCUGGAGAGAGCGGGUCAGGUGGAAAGUCCUCUUCCAGUUGGUCCAGGAUGGAUGAAGGGGGAGGAGCCGAACGAGGGUCAACAGAGGCCCCAGUCUCGAAGUCUGGUCAAGGAUACUCGGGAGCUCCUCGUAUCCAGAGGCAAGAACAAGUCAUCCACCUGUCCCCGAAGAAGGGCAGCCAGUCGGAUGGCCCUUACUCUGGUCACUCCAGUAGUAACACACUAUCCAGCACAACUUCUAGUGGAGGCCACAGCGACAGUGACAAAUGGUACGAUAUGGGGACCGGUGGGGGCUCCAGUGGUGACCAGGGUGACCCAGAACCCAAUGGCCUGGGAGGAGGUGGUUACCUCCAGGGCGCCUCAGCCGACAGCGGCAUCGACAGCGGCUCUUUUGGAGCCUCUCACCAUGCCCACCCCCACUCUCACCACGGCAGCACCACCUCGCUGCUGGCUCCCAGUGGAGGCAGAGACAGCAGGGAGAGGUCCGCGUCCCCAUGGCACAGUCCAACGGAGGGAGGCCGCAGGAUGCUCGAGAGGUCGCCUGCUGCUGCAGAGUCCCCUGGCCCUCCAGGAGAGAGAAGCAUGGACGGAACAGGUCGAAGUCCACCUACUCACCUCCUCGUUAGAGACAGCAGCACCUACAGCCUGAGUGACACUGGAUCUCACUCAAGUGCUCGCCACUCGGGCCACAGCUCUCCCAGAGAGGAGUCAUCCUCUUCGGCAACCUCCCCUUCAUCUCAGUCCUCAGUGUCCCCUGGGCCCAAGAGCUUCUACCCGCGCCAAGGAGCUCAGUCCAAGUACCUGAUUGGUUGGAGGAAGCCCGGCUCCACCAUCAAUUCUGUCGACUUUGGAGAUACGCGCAAGCUGUUGGUUAAUAAUGAGGAAACAGAACAAAUUAACAGGAAAUCUCCAGGAGAAAGUGGAGUAGAUGUGGUUCCAACCCCAGCAGCCAGGCCAUCUCUGAGAGACAUGCACUCGCCCCAGACUCACGCAAAAUCUACAAUGGAGGAAGACGUGAAGAGGCACAGUGCUCCAGACAGUCCGCCGCCACCACGAAAACAUAAAGAAAAGCAUAGCCAGAAGUCGCCGCCAGAGCAGCCUCUCAGCCGCCGUCGCUCGCUCCAUCGCACUCUAUCAGAUGAGAGCAUUUAUCGUGGCCAGCGCCUUCCCCCCCUGAGCGACACCAUUCCUGAACCGGCUCUCGCCGCUGACGUUCUCUUCAGCUGCUCCACCCUUCCACGUUCGCCCACCACCCGUGGCGUGCCCCUCAGACGGCCUUCCUAUAAGCUGGGAGUCAAACUGCAUGGUGACCUUUCGGCAUCUGACACAUCAUUGGUGGAUUUGGUGGAGCGUCAUCGUGGACCUCUCCCUCAGGAGCUCAUGCCCCUCCCCUCUUCAGACAGAGACAGCCCCCUCGAAUGGACACACCUGGUGGACGUGGCCAAUACCUUUGAGAAUGAGCGAAACACACAUUAUGUCCAGAGAAGUUUUGUUUUUGGUGACUCAAAUCACCGAAGCAGCGGUGCCUCCAGUCCACAGCAGUCUCACAUAGAGCUGAAGCCUGUUCCACUGUCACGGCCCUCGUCUAGUGAGGGACAUAUAGGGCUGGAGAGGAAAGUGACUAAGCUGGAGGCCAUGGUGAAGAUGCUUCAGGAGGACCUGAAGAAGGAGCGGGAAGAAAAGGUGCGGCUUCAGGCUCAGAUCAAGAGACUCUGGGAGGACAACCAGAGACUGCAGGAGGAGUCCCAGACCUCUGCUGCCAAGCUCAAGAAGUUCACCGAGUGGGUCUUCAACACCAUCGACAUGAACUGACUCCCACCUCCACAUUUUAACCUACACACACGCACACAAAUGCAAACAUGAGCGCACACACACGCACACACACUCUGGAUAAAGAGGCAGAGGAGGAUCGACACUCGCGAGGAAACAGGAGAUUGUUGUUGUUGGACUUGAAUUAUCCUGAUGCUGAAUCCGUCAACCAUCUUCCAUUGGCUUCAGCCAUCAGUGGGUGAUGCUGUCGACCAGUCUCGGUCUCUCCUCGCAGACCCUCUGUUAAACUUAGGAAGAUGACACUCAAGAAAAUGGGUGUCAUUCUCACCUAUGAGAGCUGUUGAAUUUGUCUUUCUCUCGUGUGACAAAAUCUCUUUUCUUAAAUUGCCGACAAGGAGAAAGCACUUCACGCCCUCCACCUUCUAAAGAAGUCGACUUUGCCUCUUGCAGUUGUUCCAGCGGUGCACGCAAAGAAGCGCCGCCUCCUAUCUGUAGAUUUUGUUCCACAUGGAUGUGCUUCUCUUUUUAGGACAUUUAUUCUUGUUUUUUUUAAAUGUUUUUCCCAGCAAGUCUUUUUAAAUGAUGCCCAGCUGCUCUAAAAGGCGACUCGAGUCCUUUAUGCCAAAUCUCAGCUGCCACAGGAAGGGUGUGGUGGGGUUGCAGAGACACCCAGGUGAUCUGAAUGAAAGUCUCUUAAAAAUGGUCCCGCAAAGUCAAGACGGGUACGCCAUCAAUCUGCCGGUCCAGCUACUGGAACAGAAACGACCGCAUGCAAACACACAUACAGAAACAAUCACUCUGAAACCACAAGAGCAGAGGACACGUGAGAGGUUUUCGCUUCGUUCACACCUGCGUUCCCUCCCCUGGGAGGCUGAAACCACUGGACAGUCGCUCUGGCUGUUCGACCGCAGCCACCCACACGGAAACAGGUCACUCUGCUUCAGCACAGGAGGGAUUUGUACAGUUUCUCUUUUUCUUUCUCUCUCUCGAUCUCUCUUUCUCUCUUCUGUGUCAGUCAAAUCUGGAUUACAACAUCCUUUCUGUCUUCACAGCACAAACCUGACAGAGGGGGAUAUUUAAAAGCCAUCGGCAAGCGAUGCCACUUUAAAAAAAAAACAACAACAACAAAACAAAAAAUACAAAAAAAAAUCAACCCAGGACUGGUCCGUAGUGCUUUGGUCCAUCCCAAUUAUAUGUGUCUUAAAAGCAAUAGGAAGAAGUCAGGACUCUCUUAAGAGACGCUUAAAGUGGGAAAAGAUGAUUUGGAGCUUACAAGGCUGCCAAUUUGUGCUGCACAAGAGCCUUUAUCCUUUCCCACUGAACUGUGAGGGGGGGGGAAGGAAAGUGAGAACUCUAAACAUCAUCCCACUGUCUGCAGAGACAGCUGCUGAUUAACAGGUUCAGAGACAUUAAUGAGAUGGAAAAGUUGGAAUGUUCUUUUUUUUCCUCCCCCAGGUUUAUUUAUUUCCUUGUAUUAUAAUCCAAUAAAUACGUUGUUCUAUUCGUAUAGUACAACUGACAUCAGUGUUUAGUUCCUCAAGACAAACGGUCACUAGCUAUAUUAUUUAAAUGGCUUUCUUUCUUAAUUCUGGCUAAAGCCUGACUUACAUGGUUUUUAUUCCGUAUUCUGUUGUAUUUUGUGGUGCCCAAGCCUGCUGUCGUGUUGCUUACAGUGCCCUCUAGUGGUGACCAGUGGAAAUGUCAUGAUUUGUAAAUGUGCUGCCAGUCACUCUGUAUUUUUCUAACGCCUCUUCCGCAAUCAGUCAGACAUCAAACCGUGGAGGCCACACAAACAGGACAGAAGGAAUAAUCAGAAGCCAGCCUCGAGAGACAAUCACAGGUGUAUUUUUGAUAAAAAAGGAGCAGACCUAAGGUGUGUGUGAGUGUGUGUGUGUGUGUGUGUGUGUGUGUGUGGAUGUUGUGUCUGCAGAGCAUCUAUAGUUUUCCUCAGGUUCAGUUUAUGUCAGGAAUGUGAGGAAUCAACAGAAAUUGCAUAUGUGGCUAUCUGUUAGGAGGGAGCUACAGUAUCAGCUGUACCCACGUGUGUGUUGUCAUCGUGUGAAUGUACAUCAGUCAAUCCAGCCGUGCCUACAGUCACUUAUCUUGGUCAUUUACUCCGAGGCAGAGCAGGGACAUGCCUUUGAAACAGCACCUGGGGAACAGAUAAAAGGGAAAGGCUCUUCUCCUUCAUCCUGAAAGAUAAGCACACCUGGUACAGUAACACGCACGCACUCACCAGAUACGAUUUUAAUUUGAGUUCACACUCACAGUCGUCGACUCGGCUGCGAGGCUUCAUCCUUUCAUUUGCUCAGAUGCUUAUUUCUCCUCUUCAGUCAGUCAGUCAGGCCAGCCUCCCGACACAGUGACGAGAGUAUUUGUGGAAGUCUGUCUGCGUGUGUGCCUUUGCAUUCAAUUACUUGAGCCACUGGCCCCUGUAAUACAAGUGUGCCGGAAGACCGUUGUUUUUUUGUUUUUUUUCUUCCCCCACAUCACAAAGCUGCUUACAACACAAGCAAGAGCCACAGCCGGGUGUUUGACACGACAACAGGGGCGUUGAGGUCGAAGCCUAAGCGUGUCCAUUUAAACUUGGUGAAAGCCUUAAUUCCCCCGCGCUAAAGUUUUUGACUCGCCCCAAGUAAAUUUGCAUCUCACAUUGAUGCAAUUAGAAGCCCUGCAGCGCACAGCACAAAUUAUCUCCCAGUCUGAAUGUAAAGAGAAUCUAAACGAGCCUAAAGAAAUAUGAUGUUUACUAUAACCGACAUGCUCAUUAAGCUCUGCAGUUUCGCAGAGACACGAGUGGACUGUUAGCAAAAGUUUUGGUUCUGUUUUAGGAAUCUCCCGUCAGUCUGCGUGGACGACAGUUACACCAGUAAAUGGUCAACAGCAGAUUUGGUCUUUUUUUUUUUUUUUUUCCUUUCUUUUUUUAUCUGUUUUUCAAGCUGGCCAGUUGUGAAAACGAGUCAUCCACUAAUGUGAAAUCCUUGAAAUAUUAAUGAAAAAAGGUGAGGCCUCUGGGCGCAAAUGGGCCCCUAUCCGUAAAGUGUUGACUGUAAAUUAUAUACCAUGUACACUGGGUUUCUGUCCAAAACUAUAUCGAUGAUUAAAAUGAUUAAAUUAACUAAAAGCAAUGUUUAUAUUUUAUCGUAAAAGGAAAGUAGUCAAGGUUAAUUUUUUUUUUUGUAUUUUAAAUGAAGUAUGGCCAAAUGACAGAACGUGCAGUGCAGAUGUUUUGCUUGCAUCUUUAAAAGUGUGCAUCAAGUUGGAUGUUAGAUUCAGUUUAUACAAAGUCAGAAACAAACGUCAGCCGGUCUGGGUUUUCACUCGUAUUUGUUACCUUGCAGUGAACGUGGGUUUUCUCUCCUCAGCGUUGUUUUUGCUGCUUCACAGAAGGAUAUCAGAGAUUUGAAUGUUCAGAUGUUCCUUUUUUUUUUUUUUUUUUGCAAUAUCUUAUUUUUGAGAUUCUUUGCACAACAAUGUUUUACAUUAAAAAAAAAAAACAUUGUGUUUACAGGUUUUGGAUAUAAAAAGGGUGAAUUGAUGGAUUCCUGUGCAACCUUGUCUAGAACGUUGCUCUGUAGUUUCCCUGCCAGUGCAGCUCCUGACAAGCAGGUGCUUUAUAACGUUAUUCCUCAAGCAUCACUGAUCAGACGAGAGGAGGUUGUAUGUUGUGUAAACUGUAGGGAUGCUGGGUUUCAGUGAUUGAAGCAGGGGAGGAAGGUUUCCCAGAGCUCGGAGACGCAGCCCUGCACUGCUGAGUCUUGAUCUGUUUUGUUUGCUCCUGCUGGAAGAACAGAUGAAACGGUGAGGUGAUCCGCUCUGACUGGAAACAAAGCACACUAUUUUAAGAGGACCAUACGUUUUAAACAAUUGAAAAUACUGUUUACAUCCCAGAUCCAUUGUCUUUGUAAAAUGUAAAGGUAUGAAUAAGACAUUUGCAGUGAUCACAGUAUUAAGGUUUCUGAAAUAAAUAAAUGAAUGCUG